UGACUAUCAGCUGACGAAGCGGAAGCCCUUCUACUUUUACGGGUCACUGCACGACAAUGGGAAAACAGAAAUUGGAAUUGGCUGAAGUGAACUCUCUGCCAUACGAGGAGUUUAUCAAGCGGUUUGGCGGAGCUGUGGAACAUGGCGCUCUGGUGGCAGGGGCUGUCUGGAGCCGUCGGCCGUUCACUUCUAUUGACAAGCUAUGUGCAGCUUUCAUGGACUUCCUGGACAAAUUGCCCAUUGAAGGCAAGGAGGGUGUUAUCCGUCUAUAUCCGGAUCUUGCGGGGCAUCUGGCGCACUCUGGCUCCCUCACUGCGGAGUCCACACAGGAACAUAAGGCUGCCGGACUAGACACACUUACUUCUGAGGAGAGAGCGACAAUGGCAGAACUUAAUGAGAGAUACAAGACCAAGUUUGGCUUUCCCUUCGUGAUCUGUGCGCGGGAAAACAAGAAAGAGGCCAUUAUCAAUGGCCUGGAGGUCCGUAUUGGGAAUCAUGCCAGCGCAGAGGUGGAAACUGGGCUCGGAGAAGUAAAAAAGAUUUGUGACCUGAGGCUGAGAGACAUUGUAACAGACUCCACCCCGAAACUUUAGUUUUCAUUUAUUGACUGAUGACAGGUUUUGAUCAAGUUGUAUUGACCAUAGAAGUAUUUCAUUAUAUGCUUUCAGCAAUAGACUUCUUUCAAAGUAUUUUUAGCUCGACUAUUAGAGGAAUAAGGAGAGCUAUACUACUCACCCUGGUGUCGGCGUCAGCAUCACACCUUGGUAAAGGUUUUGCAUGUAAGCACACAUAGGUUAAUAUCUCAGCAACUACUUGAUAUAUUGCAUUGAGACUUCAAAAAAUGGUACUCAACCAUCCAACCUACUUAAUUAACCAAGUUAGAUAACUAUAGUUUGCAUUUAAUGCAAAUAAUUGCCCUUUAUUAAUCGACUUAGAAAUUCUGAUUAAGGUUUUGUGUGUAAGCACACAUAGGUUAAUAUCUCAGCAACUACUUGAGGUAUUGCAUUGAGACUUUAUACAAUGGUACUCAACCAUCUGACCUACUUAAUUAACCAAGUUAGAUAACUCUAGUUUGAAUUAUAUUCAAAUAAUGACCCCUUCUUUAUUUGACAUAGAAAUUCGGGUUAACGUUUUGCAUGUAUUAAACCACAUUUAAGUCAAUAUCUCAGCUAAUAUAUCAUUGCAUUUAAACUUAAUAAACAGGCUCCCAACCAUUUAACCUUCUUAUUUAAUCAAUUAAGAUAAAUCUAUCUUUGAUAUUAUAUAGUUUUUGCCCAUUUAUUAUGCGACUUAGAAAUUCUAGUUAAGGUAUUGCAUGUAAGCACACAUAGGAUAAUAUCUCAGUUACUACUUGAUGUACUGCAUUGAGAAUGGCCCUUUAUUAUUAGACUUAGAAAUUCUGGUUAAAAUUUUGCAUAUAACCACAUUUAUGUUAAUAUCUCAGCACAUCAUGUAUUGCAUUGAAAUCUAAUCUAACAGUGAUCCAUGCAUGUUUCGCCAAAACUUUUCAAUCCUUACAUUAAAAAGCGGCGGAAUAGUCGAGCGCGCUUUCUCUGUGACAGCUCUUGUUUUUCAUAUUCUUCUUGGCCUCAGAGGCUAAGUUGAAGUCAAAAUAAUUCUGACAGCUCUUUUUUAUAUAUCUUUUUUAUUCAUUACUCCUGAAAACGUGAUGCUCACAAAACAAUGUUAUUUCCAUCUAGUUGUUUUUUGGUGCACAAUGGAAAUGCCAGUAGCAUGUCCUUUUACUGUUUUGUUUACAUUAUUUUACCUUAGAAUAUAUUAACAUUAUUAUAUCGGUACAUUACAUUAGUCAGAUAUAUUUGUUUUGUUUGUUUGUAAAGAUUUGAAAAUAGUCAAUGUAUGUAUAUUUUGUACAAUUUAUGUAUUUUAAAAA